CACAAGCAUCAUUUAGUACGUUUAGUUACUGGUCAUAUUCCGUAGCAUUAUCAUACCUUGAACGAUGUAUCUCGAGAAAACAAUCAACUGGGUAAUAUGGAUAGUUCAAAUUUCAGUUCUGACUGUUCCAUCGACGAUAAGUAAACAAGAACCUGAAGUUGACAGGCGGUUAUAUCGAACUUUAAGAGAAGAAUAUUCACAGACAGAUGAAAACCGAGAAGAGACAUCCGCCCGAUAUUUCGAACAGAUAUUAGACCAUUUCAACCCGGUCAAUGAAGUAAAAUUUUCACAGCGUUACUGGAGAAACUCAAAGUAUCGUAAAGAUGACGGCCCAGCAUUUCUGAUAAUACAAGGCGAAGGUCAUGGUGUGGUGGACUGGGUUCUUGGUGGGCAAUGGGUGUCGUAUGCUGAAGCUUUCAAUGCUGAUAUUUUCUCAUUAGAGCAUCGCUUCUAUGGCAACAGUGUGCCGAAAAACGAUACCACUGUACAGAAUCUUAUUCAUCUGAACAGCGGCCAGGCCAUCGCCGAUAUUGCCUAUUUUAUACGAGGAGUAAGUAAAGAAUACGCAAUGUCCAAUGAUACAAAAUGGAUCGUGUUUGGAUGCGGCUAUGCUGGCACUUUGGCAGCAUGGCUUCGUCUCAAAUACCCUUACCUAGUCCAUGGAGCAGUUUCUUCCAGCGCUCCACUUCUGGCCAAGGCGGAUUUUUCAGAAUAUUAUCAAGAACUAAAAUCAAUACUUGAUCUCCACAAUCCGAAGUGUUCUAGUAAAAUUGCCGAAGCUAAUGAACAAUUGGACCGUUUAAUCAAAACUGAAAAAGGACGGAGACACGCGAGCAGAUUAUUUCAAUUAUACACUGAAUUGGAGAACACUCCAGAGGACAUAACAUCUCUAUUCGACGCAUUGGCUGAAAAUAUUGCCCAAGUUGUGCAAAACAAUCGCGGGAAGAGAGCAGCUAGCGCUGUAAUAACCGAAGACCCGCCAACAAUUCAGACUAUUUGUGACAUAAUGACUUAUGCUGGCGUCUCAGCACUUGAUCUGUACGCUGCAGUCAAUAUUUUCAUAAUAAAAUCAUAUCUAUGGGGUUGGAGAAAUCAUAGUAACAAAAACCGUGUUGAAAGACAGAAAAAUACCACAUACCCGUACUUUUAUUAUGGAGAGAGACAAUGGAAUUACCAACUUUGCACAGAAUUUGGGUUUUAUCAAACUUCUAGCAAGUCUUCGGAUUUGUUUGGAGCUCACAUUCCUUCGAAGUAUUUCACUAAAUCUUGUGAAGAUGUAUUUGGCCCAGAGUUCAACGAAACACGACUAAACCACGGGAUCUAUCGAACCAACACCAUGUACGGAGGAAAGAAAAUAAAUGUUGGAAAUCUCGUAUUUGUUCAUGGAUCCAACGAUCCGUGGAAAGCCCUUGGUGUGACUCAUGUACCUAAAAAUGCUCCUUAUGAGAUUAUACUUAUUAAUGGAACAGCCCAUUGCGGUGAUAUAGAUCCGUAUGAAGAUGGAGACAAAGAGGAGUUGAAAGAGGCUCAAAAUAAAAUCAUCAUCAUCAUAUUUAUUUACUGUAUCAGUACACAAAGUACUAUCACAAACUACAAACUUACGUCAUAUUUUAUAAUAGGUCUUGAAUUAGUUUAGGUUUUAAUCUUCUGUUUACUGUUGGUAAAAGAAUAUCACGUAAAUUUGACAAUUUUGACAUAUUACAAUAUGUAUUCAUACUUAAAAUUAGAGCAUGAGUGUACAGAUCUGUUACAUUUAAUUCUCUAUGUAUUUGUGAAUUGCGGACAAACCAUGGGCUGUGGGUUACGAUGCGAAGAAUUUUGUUUUGAAAUGUGUUGAGCUUUUUAAAAUUUGUUUUAGAGCUACCUAUCCAUACUAUAGAACCAAAAGUCAAGAUAGGACGAAUCAGGGAUGUGUAAAGUAGUUUACCAUUUGAUAUACUGAGAUUAGAUCUCUUGUUUAGAAGUGGAUAUAGUAGAUUUAAACGAUUAUAGGCAGUUUUUAAUUUGAUAUCAAUAUGAUCAGUAAAAUUUAAUUUUGUGUCUAGAUGAAUACCUAAAUAUCUGAUUGACUCGCUUUUCCAAGGUAAAUAGGUAUUAUCAAUUUGAAUGUUCAUAUUGGUAUCAAUUUUACGAAGAGAAAAGAUUUUAGAUUCACAUUUGUUUGGGUUAAGUUCGAGCUUCCAGCAUUUAAACCAGUUAGAACAAGUAUUUAUAGAAUUUUGAAGGGAAUUAAUAGCUAUAUCGAGGUUAGCGUUUUGGUGGAGAAGGCAGAUAUCAUCAGCAAAGGAUGCAAUGACAGAAUCUUGUCCUGCUGUGAAGUCACAGCAGAAUAGGUUAUAAAGUAUUGGACUUAAAACAGCACCUUGCGGAACACCAAUUGUUAUAUUUUUAAUAGGAGAAAAACUAGAACCUAUCCGGACAGUAAACGACCUGUUUUCUAAAAAUGAUUUUAUUAUUUUAAUCAAGUAUAAGGGAAGAUUUUGUUGACAUAAUUUAUAAAGUAAACCAUUGUGCCAAACAGAAUCAAAGGCUUGUUUGACAUCAAGAAAACAUGCAGUUGAAUAUAAUUUGUUUUCAAACCCAUCAUUAAUGAUUUUAGUAAUUCUUUGGGCUUGGUAAACACAAGAGUAUUUUUUACGAAAACCAAAUUGAUGAAAAGGAAUAGAUUCUUUUUUUGAAAUUUUACUAAGGAUUCGUUUAAGAAGAAUACGUUCAAAAAUUUUGGAGAGGGAACAGAGGAGGCUGAUAGGCCUGUAGUUAGAUGGAUCAUUUUUUGGUUUAUUAGGUUUAGGUAUCACAAUUAAGACAGCAGUUUUCCAAUUUUUGGGGAAAUAGGAUAGUUUAAGACAGGCAUUAAAAAUAUUUACAAGUUGGUUUAUAAAAUUUUCAGAAAGGUUUUUUAGAGUUAAAUUGGUGAUACUAUCUAUGCCUGGAGAUUUCUUGUUUUUAAGUUUUUUAAGAAUAGUUUUAACUUCAGCAGCAUUGGUUUCUUUAAUUCUUCUUGUGGGAGUCUUAGUGAUGAAUGAUAUAGUUUGUUGCAUUAGAUUUUCUUCUUGUUGUGUGGUAGAAAUUUUCCUACCAAAUAUUUUUUGAAAAUGGUUAGCAAAAAGAAUACCUUUCUCUUGGUCUGAAGUAGCUGGAAUAUCUCCCAAGAUUGGGAUAUCUUGAGGCAAUUUUAUUAUUUGUUUUGUAGCUUUCCAGAUAUCAGAGUUGUUGAUUGGUAUAUUAGAAAGGAAACUUUGGAAUUUAUCAUUACGAAAUUUAAA